UCUGCUAUGGCAAAAGGGAAGCUAAAGGGGGGCUCAGUAGACGCAUCUUCACUCGCAGGGGUGAAUGAAAGGCAAAAAGAUAUGAAACAACGAGAAAACAAUGAUUUGCUUUCCCUUUCUGCCAUCGCUCUGGUUGUUUCCCUUUUCGUGGUACCGCUGACAGCUGACAGAUCUACCUCUGGCGUCCCUCGUCAGAAGCACAUAGUCCUGAGGAUGGAUGAGGCACUUCUGACAGUCAACAAUGAGUUGAACACUGAGGUGUUGGUUUCUUGGGUGUCGGAGCGCUGCUACCAGUGUUUGUUCCAGCCGCUAGGGGUGGUUCCUGCAGGGUCCAUUCCUGGUCAACCCAGUUCAAUGGACUUCAUUGUGGGCACACAGCAUCAAAUUACACUACAGCUCAACAGCACUUCUGACAAAACGCAGCUCUGCAAGGUUCCAUUCCACUUUGGUGAACAUGGGAACUACUCGCUGUGGGUGAAAAAUCUGAACAACUCUGCGGUGGCCAGCUGCUCUGUAGUGACCGAUGCAGAGGCCAUCAACAGCUACAUGCCCAUUUUGAUAGCUUUUGUCAUCUUUGCUGGACUUGCAUUGAUGUCUGCUAUUGCAAGAACGAUAUAUGGGCUUGAAGUAGUCAGGGGACUUCUCUUUCGAAUUGGAGGCUCAAUGGAAACCGAGAGGCUCAUUAACUCUGAAUUAGGCUCCCCUGGCAGGAUAGUACCACCAGUUACUGAUAACAUCCUCCCUCCACCGCCCAGCCCCAGCAAGAGGCUGCGGUCUCUGGAUACAUUCAGAGGUAUCUCUUUAGUCAUCAUGGUGUUUGUGAACUAUGGAGGGGGACGAUACUGGUUUUUCAGACAUGAAAGCUGGAAUGGGCUAACUGUUGCAGAUCUUGUAUUUCCUUGGUUUGUUUUCAUAAUGGGGACCUCGAUUGCCCUGUCAAUUAACUCCCAGCUCCGUUCAGGCUCCACCCGUUGCUCACUGCUGAGGAAGGUUUUGUGGAGGAGCCUCCAGCUCUUCAUCAUCGGUGUCAUCAUCAUCAACCCAAACUACUGCCAAGGACCAUUGUCUUGGAACAACCUGCGGAUCCCAGGUGUGUUACAGCGUCUGGCCUGGUCAUAUCUAGUUGUAGCCUGCUUGGAUUUGCUUGUGGCAAGAGGUCAUCUCGACAUCCUCACAACGGAUGCCUGUUGGUCCCCUGGUCUUGAUAUCCUGCUGUAUUGGCCAGCCUGGCUGUGUGUGCUGCUCUUAGAAACUGUCUGGUUAUGCCUCACCUUCCUCCUUCCAGUGCCAGACUGCCCAGUAGGCUACCUAGGCCCUGGAGGGAUUGGGGACUUUGGCCUGUAUGCUAACUGCACUGGUGGAGCGGCUGGCUACAUUGACCGAUGGCUAUUUGGAGAAAACCACAUCUACCAGACUCCCUCGUCACGGGUGAUUUAUGGAACUCAUAUGGCGUAUGAUCCAGAAGGUGUUCUUGGCAGCAUCAACUCCAUCCUCAUGGCUUUUCUUGGAUUACAGGCAGGAAAAAUAAUCUUACACUACAGAGAUGUCCACACAAGUAUAAUGUCAAGGUUUCUCAUAUGGGGUCUCAUACUGGGUGCGAUAUCAGCAGCACUGACCAGGUGUUCCACAGACCAGGGCUUCAUUCCUGUCAACAAAAACCUCUGGUCUCUCUCCUAUGUGACUACACUGGCUUGUUUUGCGUUUGUGCUGCUGGUACUCGUCUACUACACAGUAGAUGUGAAAAAGUGGUGGUCUGGGGCACCAUUUUACUACCCAGGUAUGAACUCCAUCCUUGUGUAUGUGGGCCAUGAAGUGUUUGAGGGGUACUUCCCCUUCCGGUGGCGCAUGGUCAACAGCCAGUCCCACACUGAGCAUCUUACUCAGAAUCUCAUAGCUACCUCCUGUUGGGUUCUCAUCUCCUACAUGCUUUACAGAAAGAGGAUUUUCUGGAAAAUAUGAAUGAAGAGACAAUCCAAUCAGAAUACCAGCGGACAUUUCUUUUUUUUCUUUUUUUAAUUCAAAAAUGCUGGAGUAAAUAUCUGAACAUAUUUGGAACCCAGGAAACAGGAGACCGAUACUGUAUGUUGUCUAAAAACUCUGAAUGACCUCUGUGAUUGAAUAGGGGCUGCUUUCAUACAGAAGCGCUUUUGGUUUAUUUUUUUGUAGAAAUUACUUUUUCAAAGAUCAUUAAUGUAUCAAUGAAUUUCCAAAGACUUAGAUUGAGAGUGGUGUAUCCUAUAUUUCCAAGUAUAGUUUUAGAUAAAUAAAAGAAUAAUUUAUGCUCCCUGAACACAUGAAAAUAGACACCUGUGUUUUAAAAGAUUAAAGGUCACAUAUUAUGCAAAACACACUUCUUCAGGAUUUUCUAGCAAAAAUAUGUGCCCCUGGCCUGGCCAGUCCCCCCAAGAAUCAGAAAAAUCCAUUCCCUCCCCCUCGUC